CAGACAACAUGGCUGCCGUGUGGAAGGUCGUGUGCGGCCUGCGGAGCCGCGCGGGUUUGAGGGGAACAGCGCUCGCCAUGCGGACCCGCUCGGACGUCCCGGACUCGUCCUGCCGCUCGGACGUCCCGGACUCUGAACCGGACACACCGGCGCACGGACUCGCCGCCGCCUUGGAGCAGCACGCGGCCCUCCGGCGCAGCCAGGAGGGGCCGCGCGUGACCGGCGAUUCGUUCGCGGCGCUGCUGCGCGCGUCUCCGCUGGUCCGGAUGGGUCCGGCGCGCGACAGAGUGGUCGUGGGAAAGGUGUUCGACGUGGUGAACGACGACGUGAGCGUCCACGUGUACGUGGACUUCGGUGCCAAGUUCCACUGCGUGUGCCCGGUGCCGAAGCGCGAGGCGGACCAGUACCGGCGCGGGACCAGGGUCCGGCUGCGGCUGCUGGACCUCGAGCUCACCUCCCGGUUCCUGGGGUCCGCGACCGACACCACGCUGCUGGAGGCGGACGCGGUGCUGUUGGGACCGAUGGACGCAAAAGACCCAAAGACCAAAGAGUAGCGCCGGUAUUUGCUGUAAACCGGAUGUUGUAUAGUAGUUUGUUCUAUGACCCGGAUGUUGUUGUUGUUGUUGUUGAGCCUCAUGAUGACGCGCUAAAUGAGGCGGGGUCCGCCGCGUGUAGACGUCCGUCAGACGUUAACUAACCUAUCACAUCACAGUAUGCUGUGUGGCCCAUGACGUCACACUACGGGACAAUGCACCGUGGGGGUUGUAGUUCAGUGGGCGGCCACGCGCCUUUCUCAGGUGAACGUGUGAGACUGGACCGGAACCUCCCGGCGCGGGGCGGGUCAGCUGACACGCCGUGUAAUGAAACAGCGUCUGUGUGUGGAGCGGUGUGUGUCUGCAGUGGUUGUGUGUGGAGCGGUGUGUGUCUGCAGUGGUUGUGUGUGGAGCGGUGUGUGUCUGCAGUGGUUGUGUGGAGCGGUGUGUGUCUGCAGUGGUUGUGUGUGGAGCGGUGUGUGUCUGCAGUGGUUGUGUGUGGAGCGGUGUGUGUCUGCAGUGGUUGUGUGUGGAGCGGUGUGUGUCUGCAGUGGUUGUGUGUGGAGCGGUGUGUGUCUGCAGUGGUUGUGUGUGGAGCGGUGUGUGUCUGCAGUGGUUGUGUGUGGAGCGGUGUGUGUCUGCAGUGGUUGUGUGUGGAGCGGUGUGUGUCUGCAGUGGUUGUGUGUGGAGCGGUGUGUGUCUGCAGUGGUUCUCCAGUGUGUCGCGUUUGUGUGAAUGUGAAAGCAGCAGGUGUAACAUGUGCCGCGAGCAGCCUCCCCACUCCCCGGCUGGGCUAUUUAACAAACCGCCACUCAGACAUCCAGAUGUUGAUGACGUAGUCCACCGCUGAGCAGCCGAAAGUAGAAGUAGAUUAUAUGAUGUAUCAUAUGAUACAUUAUGUGAUACAUUAUAUGGUGUAUUAUAUGAUACAUUAUGUAAUACAUUAUAUGGUGUAUUAUAUGAUACAUUAUGUAAUACAUUAUAUGGUGUAUUAUAUGAUACAUUAUAUGGUGUAUUAUAUGAGACA